AUGGAAGCAUUCGAAUACAAUGCCAGCCCAGCGCGGGUGGUGUUUGGAUUUGGCACCAUCAAACAGCUCCCCAGUGAGAUUGCGCGCCUGAAGGUCUCGUCUCCGCUCCUUUUGUCUACGCCGCAGCAGCUACAGCAAGCCGAUGAUCUGAAGCGCCUACUAGGCGGCCAGGUGGCUGGCAUCUUCUCUGAGGCCACUAUGCACACUCCUAUGCAUAUCACGGAAAAGGCCCUGAAAUAUGCUUCUGAACAGGGGGCCGACAGUGUCGUCUCCAUUGGUGGUGGAAGCACGAUUGGCUUGGGCAAGGCAAUAAGUGUCAAUACUGGCCUACCGCAUAUUUGUAUCCCGACUACAUAUGCAGGAAGUGAGAUGACUCCGAUUCUGGGCGAGACAGCAGACGGCGUGAAGAAAACUAGAACUGAUCCUAGGAUUCUUCCUGGAACUGUUAUAUAUGAUGUGGAUUUCACGAUGUCACUUCCUGUUGGAAUGAGUUCGACGAGUGGCGUAAAUGCCAUUGCUCAUGCAGUCGAGGCGCUGUAUGCGCGCAACGGAAACCCAAUUAUCCGCCUCCUCGCUGUUGAAGGUGUGCGUAGCCUGGCAACUGCGCUACCACAGAUUGUUAAAGACCCGUCCUCUCGAGAUGCCCGCUCACUAGCACUCUACGGCGCCUGGCUCUGUGGGAUGUGCCUGGGUAGCGUCGGCAUGUCUAUCCAUCACAAGCUCUGCCACGCUCUAGGCGGUAGUUUCGAUUUACCCCAUGCCGAAACGCACACUGCUGUUCUCCCACAUGCUAUUUCCUAUAAUGCACCAGCCAUACCAGAGCCUAUGAAGGCACUGGCUGAUGCGCUUCCGGACAGCGAAGGCGAUGCUAUUCGGGGUUUAAAUGUUCUGUUGACGAAAUUGCCUGUAAAAAGAGCGCUGAAGGACUUCGGAAUGAAGGAGGAGGAUAUCGACAAGGCUGCUGAUAUCGCGGUUAGCAACCCGUAUUGGAACCCCCGUGAAAUUCAGAGAGAGCCCAUCCGGGAGUUAAUUAGACGUGUAUGGGCCGGCGAGGAAGCACGCGCCAAUCUGUAG